AUGGCCAACUUCACUCUCCACAUGCGCAGGUGCGCCACGCUGCUACUGCUGCUCCAGUUGGGCCGGAGCGCCUUCGGAAACCCGGUCACCACGCGCCCGCGUGACAUCAAGAUGAGACCGGAACUUUUUAAGGAGCUACUGGACAACGUUGGUGGACUCUUGAAGAAUACCAGCGCCAAAGGAGAGAUUUGCUACUUCACCGAGUACAAAAAUGUGCACUUGAAUACCCAAAGUGAGACGGUGGAAGUCUGCACCCCGGACGUGGAGCAGAGUUCCAGUUGCAUGAUGGGAAGGAAAUCCCCCUUCAACAAGGACAAAUGCUGGAGCAGCAUCAUGGCGGACAUGGCUCACUACCACACGCUCAUCCAGUCCUACCUGAACGUCACCUACAGCCAGGAGCAGGAAGAAAGCAAGAAGCACGUCCUUUAUCCAACUCUGGGCCUCAUACAGAGGCUGGUGAAGCUCCAUGGUGGCACCAUGAGGAGCGACUCCUCUCAGGAGGAAGUUGCGAAGCUGUGGCAGCUGGAUGGGAAGGACAGGCUAAGGAUGUGUGACUGGGUGAGAGGCUUCCACACGCGCCUCCUCACCGUCAACAGAGCCGUCGGCUACAUCGCCUCCGGAGACUACAAGAAGUGA